ACAAGUUUUUUUUGAAUGAGCAUCCGGUCCUUGCCUCAGCGGAAGCCAUCCAGCACAGGUAGAACGUAUUUGAUGCCCAUUUUUGUUCCGCCACGUCAUAAAUUCCCUGCAUCACAGCCGUUCGAUAUGAACUUUCCAGAGUUCCAAUCCCUCUAUAUAAACGCAGUAGUCGUUGGGGAAGAAGUAGGGAGAAAAAUGGCGGGAAAUGAGUGGAUCAACGGCUACUUGGAAGCCAUCUUGGACGCGGGUGCCGCCUCUAAACCAAAACCCCACCAGUCCUCUUCCUCCUCCUUCAACUCUUUUUCUCUCUCAUCUCCCGACGCCGUGGAAUUGGCCUCCGGCGAAGGCUCUCCGGCUCCCCGGUUCAGCCCCGCCCGCUACUUCGUCGAGGAGGUCGUCAGCCGCUUCGACGAUGCUGACCUUCAUAAGACCUGGAUCAAGGUUGUGGCGAAGCGCAACAGCCAGGAACGGAGCACUAGGAUGGAGAACAUGUGCUGGAGAAUUUGGCAUCUUGCUCGGAAGAAGAAACAGAUGGAGUGGGACGAGGCGCGGAUGAGAUUGGAGCUGGUGAAGAGGAGCAGGGAUGCAGCUGAGGAUCUAUCUUCCGAGUUAUCUGAAGGGGAGAAGGAGAAGGGUUCGAGCUCGGCGGUCGAGUCUCCGACGAUGUCAAAACUGCACUCCGAGUCUAGGAUUUGGUCACCAGAGGAAGGAGAUGAAAGCCGCAAGCCCAAUCGAUUGUACAUCGUACUCAUUAGGUUCUCGACGGGCUUCUCUCUGCUUCUUUCUUCCUUUGUUGAAAGUUUGCACGGUUUGGUGCGCGGGGAGAACAUGGAACUUGGAAGGGACUCCGAUACAGGAGGCCAGGUGAAGUAUGUGGUGGAGUUGGCACGAGCUCUGGCUUCCACCAAUGGCGUCAGCCGUGUGGACCUACUCACCCGCCAGAUUUGCUCGCCGGAGGUGGACUCCACCUACGCCGAGCCCGUUGAGAUGCUCUCCUGCCUCGCCGACCUCGAUCCUCUAUACUCCGACUCAGAUCACUGCAGCGCCUACAUAAUCCGCCUUCCCUGCGGACCUCGCCACCUCUACCUUCCCAAAGAAUCCCUCUGGCCCCACCUCCCCGAAUUCGCCGACCGCGCUCUGGGCCACAUCGCCGAAGUCGCCCGCUCCCUCGCCGCCGCCGGCGACGAAUUCCCGCUGUUGCCGUACGUUGUGCACGGACACUACGCUGAUGGAGCGGAGGUUGCAACGCGUAUCGCGGAGGCGCUGGGCGUCCCUACGGUGGUCACUGGGCACUCGCUAGGCCGGAACAAGCUCGAGCAGCUGCUGCGGGCCGGGCGUGCUGGUCGAGCCGAGGCGGAGGCAGCUUACCGAAUCUCUCGGCGGAUAGAGGGGGAGGAGAGGGGGCUCGAUGCGGCGGAGAUGGUGGUGGCGAGCACGUGGCAGGAGGUGGAGGAGCAGUGGGGUAUGUACGAUGGGUUUAAUCUCCGGAUUGAGAGGAAGCUUAGGGCGAGGAGGCGGAGAGGCGUCGGAUGUCUCGGCCGCUACAUGCCAUCCAUGGCGGUAAUACCUCCAGGUAUGGAUUUCAGCAACGUGAAGGCGCCAGGGGUGAACGAUGGCGACGGCGACCUCUCGGCGCUGUUGGGAUCUGAUGGGAGCCAUAGUAAAAGAGAUUUUCCGCAGAUUUGGUCCGAGAUAAUGAGAUUCUUCACUAACCCACACAAGCCAAUGAUCCGCCUGUCGCGGCCUGACCCGAAAAAGAAUGUAGCCUCCUUCCUCAAGGCCUUCGGGGAAUCCCGCCAGCUCAGAGAACUCGCCAAUUUGACUCUGAUACUAGGAAACAGGAAUGACAUUGAGAUCAUGACUGGAAGCAGCGGCGUUGUCCUUACAGCGGUUCUCAAGCUAGUUGAUAGGUAUGAUCUCUAUGGCCAGGUUGCCUACCCCAAGCACCAUAAGCAAUCAGAUGUUCCUGAGAUUUAUCGCCUGGCCGCCAAGACCAAGGGAGUAUUCAUCAACCCUGCUCUCGUGGAGCCCUUCGGUCUUACUCUCAUAGAGGCCGCUGCUUAUGGCUUGCCUGUUGUGGCCACCAAAAAUGGAGGCCCAGUAGACAUUCUCAAGACCCUAAAUAACGGCGUACUAGUCGACCCCCACGACACCGUCGCAAUUGCCGACGCUCUUCUCCGCCUUCUCGCCGACAAAUCCCUCUGGUUUGAAUGCCGCCGAAACGGCUUGAAGAACAUCCACCGUUUCUCCUGGCCAGAACACUGCCUCACUUACCUCUCCCAAAUUCAUCGCCGCCUUAUCACAACCCACCACCCCUUUUCCACCACGCUCCUCGCCGCCCCUCCGCUUCCAUACGAUCCUGCCACCGACUCCCUCCGCGAUUUCAAUGACAUUUCGCUCCAUUUCUCCGUCGACGGAGAUCCAAAGCCAGUCAACGAAACCUCCGCCACCGCAGCCGUCCUCGAUGUGCUUCACCGUCAUCACCACAAUCGCACAGUUCACAAAGAAGUCGGCACCGCAGCACCCGAUUUUGCGCCCGGCCGGAGGCGGCGACUAUAUGUCAUGGCGGCAGACUGCUAUGAUCUCAACGGACGGCUGCUGAUCGAUGAUUUGGAGGCGGUUGCACGACAAUUGAUGAAAGUCUGUGGGGCCGACUUGUCUGCAGGGCUUGUGUUCGCAACGGGGUCCACCAUUGAGGAGUCGGUGGAGGCAAUGAGACUAUGCCACGUGGAGAUCAGGAAGUUUGAUGCUUUGAUUUGUAGCAGUGGGGCCGAGGUUUGCUACCCGUGGAGGGAUCUGGCUGCUGACGUGGAGUACGACGCGCAUUUGGAGUACAGGUGGCCGGGAGAUCAUGUGAAAUCCGCUGUUCUGCGUCUCGCUCGGACGGACGAUGCGGAUUCUGAUCUGACCGUUGAUUUGAAGGCUUGCAGUUCGAGCUGCUACGCUUACUCUUUGAGGCCAGGAGCCAAGGCUUUAAAGAUUGAUGCCAUCAAACAAAGACUACGAACGAGGGGCUUUCGAUGUAAUCUCAUCUACACACGAGCUUGUACAAGAUUAAAUGUGAUUCCUCUAUUUGCCUCAAGGCAUCAAGCACUUAGAUACCUUGCUAUUCGAUGGGGAGUGGAUCUUGCAAAGAUGAUAGUACUUGUGGGACAAAAAGGAGUUCCUGGUGUUCACACAUCUAUAGUCCUUGAUGGUUUGGUUAAUCAUGACAGUGAGAGUCUCUUAAGGGAUGAGGAGAGCUAUAAAUUAGAGGAUGUGGCACCCUUGCAAAGUCCCAAUGUAACUUAUUUGGAGAAAAGUUGUGAUGCUUAUGAGAUUUUGAGUCUCAGUGCACAAAAUAUUUAGUUAAUUAAGAUUGAAGUAAGGACCUCAAUGUUUUCUUAUUUGGAGAAAGUUGUAAUGCUUAUAAGAGUUUGAGAGUUUUAAUAGUUUGAAAAUAAAAUUGUAAAAAAAUACAAAAAUUUUGAUCUAUCAAUUUUGUUUUGAUUA